ACUGAUAUUUGUAUCUUAUCAUUCUGAAAUGAAUUUGGUCCCUCUCUUGCAGUUGGAGAUGUGAGGGAGAAGGGGAGUGAGAAGGAAUCAGGAAGGAGAGUUGUGGGAAAAGACAACAAUCCACAGGUGGAAGCAGAAUCUGGAGAUCAAGUGGUACCAAAGAGCUGUUGCAAAAGGAAAAGGAAACCAGAACAGAAGCAAAGGAGAAAUAAGCCUGAGGUCUCAACCAGAGAUGAAACAGGGAAGAGAAAGAGGAGACCUAAUGGUGCCAUGAACCAGAAAAGGUUCAACUGCAAAUUCAGUGGUAAAACAUAUCAGAGUGUUCCAUCAUUCUUGAAUAGGUAUAAAUGUGAGGAAUGUGGAAAGCGCUUCCAUUGGAGUAGUGCAAGGACUAGGCAUCAAAAGAUUCACACAGGGGAGAAACCAUAUAAAUGUUUGGAGUGUGGAAAGGGUUUCUCCAAGAAUAGCAACCUAACUGCACAUCAAAAGAUUCAUACUAGAGAGAAGCCAUUUAAAUGCUUGGAGUGUGGAAAGUGCUUCUCUCAGAAUGUUGACCUAACUAAACAUCAAAAGGUUCACACAGGGGAGAAACCAUAUAAAUGCUUGGAGUGUGGAAAGUGCUUCUCUGACAAUGGCCAGUUAAGGGUACACCAAAGGGUUCAUACCGGGGAGAAGCCAUAUCACUGCUUGGAGUGCGGAAAGUGCUUCUCCUACAGUACCAACCUAAAGACACAUCUAAACAUUCAUACUGGGGAGAAGCCAUACAAAUGCUUGGAGUGUGGAAGGUGCUUCUCUGACAAUAGCCACUUAAGGGCACACCAAAGGGUUCAUACCGGGGAGAAGCCAUAUCACUGCUUGGAGUGUGGAAAGUGCUUCUCUCAGAAAGGUGAACUAAAAUCACAUCAAAAGGUUCACACAGGGGAGAAGCCAUACAAAUGCUUGGAGUGUGGACGGUGCUUCUCCCACAGUUGCAGCCUAACUUCACAUCAAAAGGUUCACACAGGGGAGAAGCCAUAUAAAUGCCUGGAGUGUGGACAGUGCUUCUCCCACAGUUGCAGCCUAACUUCACAUCAAAAGGUUCACACAGGGGAGAAGCCAUAUAAAUGCCUGGAGUGUGGAAAGUGCUUCUCUCGGGGUAGCUACCUAAGGAAACAUCAAAGGGUUCAUACUGGUGAGAAACCAUAUAAAUGCUUCGAGUGUGGAAGGUGCUUCUCUCAGGAUGUUGACCUAACUAAACAUCAAAGGGUUCACACAGGGGAGAAACCGUAUAAAUGCUUGGAGUGUGGAAAGUGCUUCUCUAACCAUAGCCACCUAAGGACACAUCAAAGUAUUCAUACUGGAGAGAAGCCAUAUAAAUGCUUGGAGUGUGGAAAGUGCUUCUCCCAGCGUUUCAGCCUAACUUCACACCAAAGGGUUCACACCCGGGAGAAGCCAUAUCACUGCUUGGAGUGUGGAAAGUGCUUCUCUCGGAAUGAUUCCCUAAAAUCACAUCAAAGUAUUCAUACUGGGGAGAAACCAUAUCACUGCUUGGAGUGUGGAAAGUGCUUCUCUCGGAAUGACUACCUAAAAUCACAUCAAAGGAUUCAUACUGGGGAGAAGCCAUAUAGAUGCCUUAAGUGUGGAAAGUGCUUUUCUCAAAGUAGCACCCUAACUAAACAUCAAAAGGUUCACACAGGGGAGUAGCUGUACAAAUGUAUGGAGCAUUGAAAGGGAUUUACUCAGAAUGGCACAUCGAAGGAGUCAUAUGGGGGAGACGUCUGGGAGAAAUGGUGACUAGAAGGGAGCACUUUACAAAGGCUCCAGACAUAUCUCCCUCUUGGACUUACCACAUCAGGAAAGGAGAGAAUAUAAGAACAUAAGAGACGCCAAUGUUGGAUCAGGCCAAAGGCCCAU